CAUCUGUGGUCUUCAUGGUCUACAAGGACAUGCAGGAGGUCCUCAAUGCCAGCUUCUUCAACACAGGGCCAGGCCACAGUACAUCCGCCAUGUCUAAUGUGGUCUCUGUCGUCUUGCCCCAUAUACUUAACAAGACCCUCCUGAGUCCAGUGAACCUCACCAUACAUCUCAGGCGGACGCGCCCCAAAGACAAGCUCUCCUGCGUGUACUGGAACGUCAGUGCCUGGAUCGAGGACGGCUGCCACGUCAGUGAGACCAACCCCACACACACAGUCUGCUCCUGUGACCACCUCUCCACCUUCGCCCUGAUCAUGACAGUUGAUCACACACAGGAGAAACACCCUGUGGUGGACGUGCUGAACACCAUCUUGGUGCUGAUCAACCUGGUGUUCCUGACCCUGGCUGUGAUGACCUUUGCCCUCUGUCGCUGGAACCCCAGGGUGUCCAACGUGUCUCGUCUCAACCUCUGUGUGUGUCUGCUGCUGGCUCAUCCCCUCUUCCUGCUCACCCAGAGCUUCCUCCACCUCAUCUGGCCCCAUGAGGUGUUGUGUAAGCUGGUGGCGGGAGUCCUGCAUUUCCUCUUCCUGUGCUGUUUUGUGUGGAUGUCCAUAGAGGCCACGCUGCUCUUCCUGUCUGUACGGAAGCUUAGGCAGGUCAAACCUAACGAGCGGGCGGGUCUACAUUGGAAGCGCAGCAUCCUGAUUGGCUAUGGGAUCCCAUUGGUCAUACUGGUAGUGUCUGCUGGAGUAAGACCUGAUGGAUAUGGCAGUGAGGAUUGCUGGCUCAAAACAGAGAAUGGGUUCAACUGGAGUUUUCUUGGUCCCGUGUGUUUCACAAUUGUUGGCAACAUCAUACUCUUCCUCAUCAUCUUCAUCACUAUCUACUCCACCCUGAAGGAGGCACGCAGUGAUGCGUCAACGGUCAAAUACAACAGAGUCCUGCUGUUUAAAAUCAUGAUGCAGUUCGUCAUCCUCGGUUGCCCCUGGAUACUAGGCCUGUUAGCGUCCCGCAGUCAUGUUCUAGAAGUUCUCUUCCUGUUCCUCACCUCACAGCAAGGAACCGCCAUUUUCGUGAUCCACUGCCUCCUCAAUACAGAGGUGCGUAACCAGUACAGGACAUGGUGGAAGAGGUUUGGUCCAGCCGGUGAGCAGAAGGGCUCCUGCAGUGGCACCUCAGGGUCCGUCAACCUGAGCCAGCAGGCCAGUGGAGACACCGCGUUCAACACACAUGCCAUCACGCUCACCACACUGUCACUCAGACCUGUGGGAGACGGCAUGGUCUCAUGGGGCAAGACCGACUAGCAUUCACACACACACUCACA